AUGGCACCUGCAACCAACAGCGAUGUAAUCGACGCCAGCUCGAGCGGACCUUUUAAACAGGUCCGUUCAUCAAAAUCGGCAAUUCCCAGUGUUCAAGAGUUUGAAUACUCCACCGCGACUGUCAACGAUAUUGUCAAUGCACUCAAGAUCACUGGAGGAGUCAUUGUGCGCAACUUUUUGGGUAGGGAGGAGAUCGAUCGCAUAAUGGAGGAUGUAAAUCCCUACCUAGAUGCGGACAAGCCUUGGGCAGAUGGUAAAGCAACUCAGCGACUAGCUAGAUUUAUAUGUGUUUUUGACGCUUUAUUUUCAGGAGACUUCUUUCCCCAAGAAACUCGACGUGCCUAUGGCAUGAUGGGCAAAUCUCCCACCUUCGCCACAUCCAUCGUCGGAAAUCCUCUCUGGCUGAGUGUUAGCGAUGCCUUGCUCACUAGCCACAUUAAAUACAAUUGGGUUGGCGAUAAAGUCGAAGAGAGCACCAGCCUUCCUCAGCUUCACAAUACCAUCGUUUUCCGCAUUGGACCUGGCGCAAGAGCACAGCCUCUUCAUCGCGACGAUGCCCCUCAUCAUCCUGAUCACAGAGCUGUUGCCGAGCACACUCUUGGUAGAGAUUGUGGUAUUGGUCUGUUCGUAGCUGGUACUCGAACUACAAAAGCGAACGGUGCCACCAGGUUCAUUCCAGGAUCCCAUCUUUGGGACUACCGCGAAGGACCCCCGAACGAAGCACAAACUGUUCAAGCAGAACUCAAUACUGGCGAUGCAUUUAUGAUGCUCUCGGGAUGCUUCCAUGGCGGCUCCGCAAAUACGACGGAGGAUGAGUACCGCGUUCUUUUGUCAACGUUCAACUGCAGAGGCUGGCUGAGGCAGGAAGAGAAUCAAUACCUGGCGAACAGCAUUGAUUCAGUCAGAGGACUUCCUCCAGCCUUACAGGAACGGAUGGGAUAUGGGCUCAGUAAGCCAUUCAUGGGCUGGGUGGAUCUUAAGAGCCCAAUGUUGAUGCUUCACCCUGACGAGCCAAAGUACAAGAUGGGUCUCCUGUAA